CAGGUGAAGAAAGGAGCAGUCUCAGCCUUUUCUGAAGGUCUGGGGGCAACCUUUGGUGCAUAAAAAAAUAAUUGAUUUAUCAAGCUCAUGUCGAGGGUACUUUGAAGAACAAGAUAGCGGAUGACGUUGAUGGAAAGAAAUGGAGGUGGACGGAAGGAUGCCAGAAGACGGGUGUAGUGUGAGGUGCUGCGGUUUACAAUACUGUAUAGCUGGAGGCUAAACAUGGCAGUGAGGAGAAGUUUUGCCCUCACGUCCUGGUAUACUUGGUGGCAGAAAGGAUGAGGUGCAGCCUUUGCAAACAGUCAACAGUCUCAUGGCCGAGUUCUUUCCCUUGGAGCAACUUGAUUAAUCUGCUGUAAAACUUCUCCAGCUCAGACUCUUGGAUCUCCCUGAAAAAGUCAUUAAAAGUCGGGCACCCGCUCUCUUCAGGACAGUUUUGGACAAAUGCUGAGACUCAAACGACUUUGUGUGUAUUUUCUGGGUGGUGAAAGAGGAUAGUUCCACUUUAGAAGACAAUAAAAACACACACCGGCACGCCUUUGCCUUGCUUUGAGUUGUCUGCGACUGUGCUGACUGCUUAUCAUCCACAUCUCAGGAUUCAGGCUGCAUGAGAUGGAAAACGGCACACCCGGGACACUUGACGACGUCAAGGCGCUGUGGGAGAACGUGGAGUGCAAACGCUAUGAAAUUUGCCGCAUCAUCUCUCCGGCCAAGCUCACGCCGUACCUUCGCCAGUGCAAAGUGCUGGACGAGCAGGAUGAAGACGAGAUUCUCAACUCCCUGCUGCUGGUCUCCAAAGCUAAUCGCACAAGUCGUCUUCUGGACAUCCUACACUCGCAGGGGGAGCGGGGCUACGUGGUUUUUCUGGAGAGCUUGGAAUUUUACUACCCGGAACUCUACAAACAGGUCACGGGGAAGAACCCCACACGUCGCUUCUCCACCAUCGUAGUGGAGGAGGGUCACGAAGGUCUGACUCAGUUUCUAAUGAAUGAGGUGAUGAAGCUGCAGCAGCAGUCGAAGGAGAAGACCCUGCAGCACGUGGAGCUCAGCAGGAAGAACUGCACCCUGGAGGAUGAGCAGAAGAAGCUACGACUUGUGAACCAGGAACUUCAGACCUUGCAACAAAGGUACAACAAGACGAAAGAGGAGAGAAACACCUACAGUGACGAGCUGCUGAGAGUCAAGGAUGAGAACUACAAACUGGCCAUGAGGUACGCUGCGCUCAGCGAAGAGAAGAACAUGGCAGUGAUGAGGAGCAGAGACCUGCAGCUGGAGAUUGAUCAGCUAAAGCACCGGCUAAACAAGAUGGAGGAAGAGUGCAAGAUGGAGCGCAAGCAAAGUCUCAAGCUGAAGAACGACAUCGAGAAUCGGCCCAAGAGGGAGCAGAUCUUUGAGCUCGAGCGGGAGAACGAGAUACUCAAGAUCAAGAUACAGGAGCUCCAGUCCAUCAUCCAGCCCGGACCUGUGUACGCAUCGGACAAAGACAUCCUCGACAUUUUGGAACACGACAGACAGGAAGCGCUCGAAGACAGACAAGACCUGGUCAACCACCUCUACAACCUCCACGAGGAAGUCAGACAAGCAGAGGAACUACGAGACAAGUACCUGGAGGAAAAAGAGGAUCUGGAGCUCAAGUGCUCCACACUACAGAAAGACUGUCAGAUGUACCGCAACCGCAUGGACACCAUCACCAUGCAGCUAAAGGAAGUGGAAAAAGAAAGAGACCAGGCCUUCCGGGGCAGAGACGAGGCCCAGCACCAGUUCUCGCAGAGUCUGAUUGACAAGGACAAGUAUCGCAAACAGAUUCGAGAGUUGGAGGAGAAGAGCGACGAGCUCCACAUCGAGAUGGUGCGGAAAGAAGCCAGGCUGGGCACGCUGGAGUCUCGCCUAAGACGCCUCUCCAAGGACAUCGCCUUGGAUCAGAGCCUGCCAAGGGACUUACCCCCAACUGUCUUCUGCCAAGGGGAUCUUAAACCUGCUCAGGGCCAGUCGGAAUGGUCCAGUGAUGAGUCACCAGAGGAGAGGAUUUUACCUGAGGAGUCCCGCCUCAGACGGCGACCCAAUCUCAAAGCAAACAGAACCAAGUCUCCCAGCUGGGUACCCAAAGAGCAUCCAGUUAACACGGAGGCUUCUCAUCCUGCGGCCAACGGCAGAGAUCUUCUUGUGAUCAUACCAAAUGUGCAUGCCCACACCAGCUCCCUCCCUCCUUCACCCAGUCUGCCCGCCGUGUCCCCCACGUAUUCCCCCAGCUUGCCUCCCGCCCUCACCUCGUCCUCCUCGCCCCUCCAUCAUCACUCCAUGGCAGAGCAGGCCAACAGGCCAACCAUGCUGCGUUACCGUAACGACAGCAUCCUAUCCACGAAGCCUGAGCCCCCCGAGAAGGCAUCUCUGUACCGCAGGGAGAGGGAGAAAGAGAACGACUUCCAGCCCCGCAGCCUCUCGGACUUUGACAGCGACACCAUGGAAAUGGAAUUUGAUGAAGUGCAGCGUGGCCCACCUUCUGUCCACUCAUCGUCCUCAUCCCAUCAGUCAGAAGGCAUGGACACUUACGACAUGGAGCAAGUCAACAGCAUCUUGAGGAAACUUUCCCUGGAGAGGCCAUUUCGUCCGUCUCUGUCCUCUCUGUCUGGUACCAACCCCACCCUGAAGCCAGUUCAGGAGUUUACGUUGCUUGGCGACAACCUGCUGAAGGACAUCACUCUUGUCGGCGGCAACAAAACUGGCAUUUUCAUCUCAUCCGUCCAGCCGGGCUCCUUGGCUGAGAAGACCGGGUUACGAGAGGGUCACCACCUUUUGUUGCUUGAAGGGCGCGUACGAGGGGAGAACCAGAGCAUUUCAUUGGAAAUCAGCACCCAGGAGGAAGCCCACUGGAUACUGCAACACUGCUCUGGACCAAUCAGGCUUCACUAUCGUGCCAACUUUGACUCGUAUCGUCGUCUCCAGAGGGACCUUGCAGAAGGCACGCGGUUUUCUGGCGACUCCUUCUACAUACGGGUGAACCUGAACAUCUGCAGCCAGUCGGACAGCUGCUCUCUCAGUGUGGGAUGUGAUGAGGUGAUGCAUGUUCUGGACACAAGGCACCAGGGCCUAUGUGAGUGGCUGUGCACCCGCGUGGACCCCUACAGCGGCUGCGACCUGCAAGACAGUGGGACUCUGCCUUGCAAUUCACGGGCCCAGCAGCUGCUCUUAGUCAAGAUUCAGAAGCUGAUGUGUCGAGGGGGGAAAGAAGAGAAUGAAAUGCAGCGGAACAUGAGGAGUAAUUUGCAGCCAGAGGAAGCCGUCCCCUCUACUGACCCCAAAGCCAGCCCACGCAUGUCGAGAGCCAGCAUCUUCCUCUCACAGAUCCUGCAGUUUGUCAGCAGGACAGAUAAUAAAUACAAGCGGCUGAACAGCAACGAGCGUGUGAGGAUCGUAACUCCGGGCGGCACAACACUCCCCAGACAAGGCUUAGACGCUCUCAAACCUGAAGACACCACGGAUCCAGACGGGGAUAUGAGCAGGAGUUUGAACCUGACCCCUUACAGUCACGUCGCCCCCCAGCGCACUCAAAGGAGAAGACCAGUCCUCUUCACCCCCUCUGCUUUAGCCAAAACACUUUCACAGAAAUUAGUCAGCAUGGGUGGCGUCUUGGAUUUCAGCAUCUGCAAACCAGACGUUUUAACCAAAGACGAGUUUCAGCAGAAACAGAGCGUGGAUUCCUGCGCUUACUUCAAAGAAAAACGUGCCUCUUUUGAGUGCAUUACCAGAGAGAACAUAGAGGCCAUCACCGCAAAGGGAAAACACUGUCUGCUGGAGGCAGAACUUAGCUGUGUCAAAAAUCUUUUGAGGAGGGAAAUUUACCCAAUCAUCAUCCAUGUGAAGAUCUGUGAAAGAAAUGUCAAGAAGCUGCGGAAGUUACCACUGCGGGUGGAGUCAGAGGAUGAGUUUCUGAGGUCGUGCAGGGCAAAAGAGAAGGAGCUCGAGGGCAUUCCCUGCCUCUACGCCAGCCUGGAGCCGGACACCUGGGCAGGGACAGACGACCUUGUCAGGGUUGUCAAGGAGAGGAUAUUUGAGGAGCAGAAGAAGACUGUCUGGGUGGAGCAGGACCUCCUGUAGACACUUUUUACCCUGCUCCCUCUGGACGGUACAAAAUAUGUAAUUGAACCACAAUUGACAAGACGUUUACAUGCAAUGUAUAUAAUGCUAAAACAAUAAAUCCAUCAUAUGUUUUCUACAUUUGUAUGUUU